ACCUGGCAACCCAGCAGCCUGCAUGGCGCGCUGGCUAUGCGGAACCACACCUGGCACCCGAAGCGAGGAGAGGCGGGACUAGCCGGGCGAAAACAAACAAACUAGCUUUGAAAUAGCUGCUUUGUAACACUUUAUUUUCAAUAAAGUCCUCAGGUGCGCGCUCGUCUGCGUGCCAGCCCCUCGAGCAGUUGUAGGGGGGGUUGUUUUUUUUCCCCGAAACGCAAGAAGAGGAAAUAAUUGGAUUUGAGAGUUUUCGCGUCUGAUUUGGACUCUUUGGCUUAUUGGCGGCUCCAAGCAUGGACGUGCUGGCUAAUUACAGCAUUUUCCAGGAACUCCAACUCGUCCACGACACUGGUUAUUUCUCCGCGAUGCCUUCCCUGGAGGAGAACUGGCAGCAGACAUGUCUGGAGCUGGAGCGCUAUCUUCAGACGGAGCCCAAGCGACUCUCCGAGCUGUUCGACGAGGAGCUGGAUUGUCUCUUAGCGCCUGCCGUCAUGCAGGGCAGCGACAGCGACGAGGACCUGAUGGACCCUCUCCUUCCCAGCUUCCCAGACCAGCCCAGCCCACCCCCGCUACUGGUGGCCCUCCCCAAAGUGCAGGCCAAGACGCAGACAGUGACUGACAGCUUCGCCAGCAAGGAGCAAGUCUUGGCGGGGGUCAGCGCCGCGCAGCUCAGCGCCGCCGUCACGUCGCUAACGCCGCCGUCGUCGCCGGAGCUCGGGCGCCACCUCGUCAAGCCCACGCUGACGGCCACAGUGGACGGCACUCUCACGCUCAAACUGGUGGCCAAGAAGGUGGGCCUGGGGGCGGCCAAAUUGGUGGCGGCUCGGACGCUGCCGUCACCGCCGGGCCCGGGGGGUUCGCUCAGCGACAGCGAGCUGGGCGCAGGGCUGGGCGGAGACUUGGCGGAGAACAAGAAGAGGGUCCACAGGUGUCAGUUUAAUGGCUGUCGGAAGGUUUACACCAAAAGCUCACACCUGAAGGCCCACCAGAGAACACACACAGGUGAGAAGCCGUACAAGUGCUCAUGGGAGGGCUGCGAGUGGCGUUUCGCCCGCAGCGACGAGUUGACGCGACACUACCGCAAACACACCGGCGCCAAGCCUUUCAAGUGCAGCCACUGCGACAGGUGUUUCUCCAGGUCGGACCACCUGGCGCUGCACAUGAAGCGGCACGUCUGAAGGCGGCGUCAGGGAGCAGCAGAGAGGGGGGAGGAAGAGGAGAGUCCAGCUACCGACUGCUCGCCUCGUCCCCCACUUUAGCCCCGCCUACCACCGCCGCUGCCACUUGUGAUCAGCAGGUGGCGCCGGCAGCGCCGUCAAGGAGGAAUCUCCAUCAGUAGGGGACGCGAGGAAGAGGAGGAGUUGUUAGAUUGUUGUUUUUCUUUCAAGUACCCACUUUUACGCUUCACUUGCCGUCUUUGAACGCACCACCACUUUAUCUCCUGGGCAGUUUUUCUUUGUUUUAGAGUAGUCAGUGUGUAUUAGCCGAGGACACUUCACUCAAAUAUUCAUGUAGUCACUCGCUGGUCUUCUUUACAGUCCGCCCGGUCACAACGCUGAAGGAAACCACACAAUCUGACGCCUCCACACCCACGGCGGCGCUCCGCAGGACGUCUGACUGAAACGCGCAGCGACACUUUCUUUCACUUUUUCUACUCGGAGGAUGACGAUGGUUGCUCUUCAUGGUCGUGCGCAAGGACACGCCCCUUUUGGGGGAAAUCACGUUUCAAACUUGAUGAAUACCACCUCGGCAGAAUGUGGCAGGAGCAGCCAAUCAAGCAGCAGGAAGUGGUUCUUGGUUUUGGUUUGACUUUUCCUCUGCUGCUGCAAGGUGUGCAGAGAGGUCACAUGACCCGCAGCAAGCUUAGCCGUUUGCUAACUGGUGACUGCACUGACUUUGUUUUUUAAAGCUACGUGUGCUGUUUUCCACAGGAAAUCAUCCAAAAACACUCAAAAGAGUCGCACGCACGCACGCACGCACGCACGCACGCCGCAGCUACGGGAAAAGAAUGACUUGUCAUCGUUUCCAUGGCAACAGUUUGCAGCUCUCACAGCUUUUCAAAGAGCGUCACGUGACGCCAGCCGUUUCUAUGGCGACCUGCUGAUUCAGCAUCCAGUCACAGUAAAGAAAAAAUGUUGAAAAAACGAGCGGAGCGACACCUGGGGGAAGUCGGCUGGCAACGCAAGUGAUGCGUUACCGUUACCAUGGCGCCGACCACUCGGACAACAGGAAGUCGGGCGCCGUGUUUGGAGCAAUGAUUCCGUCCAAGAAAUGAGUAGCGGGGGCGACGCCAAACCAAAGCAACGAGCGACGCCACAAACGAAGACGAAUGUUCCCGAGUCAAUUUCACCACUUCGGUCUAUCGCAGCUUUUCAAAAUAAAUCCACGGCCUAUUGUUAGUUCAAAAAUACAUCCUUUUCUUUUCAUUUGAGGUAUUUUUGGCCUACAUGAAGCGUUUUCAAGGCUAUGAGUAUAAAGCAUCGCACACAUGUGAUACGUGGUGGACACGGGGGUGUCGCUGGGGGUGAGAAGUGUUACGCUGAUGACACAACAGCAGCGCACCGUAGGGGUGGUCUUUCACGUCACGUUCACGACCGUACUUACAAGGUUUUCUGUGCUCCAACCAGCAAAAUGAAAGACUGAUAUUAGGGACAAAAAAUAACAACCUGAGAUUUCAAAGUUAAAGUCAUAAAUACAUGAGAAUAACGCCGUAAAUUUACAAGAAAGAAGUCCUAAAUUUAAAGUGAUCUUACGAGAAUGACGUUGCACGUGGGGCAGCAUGGCUCAGGUGCUCCUCAUUGGUUUACUUUAUUCCCUUUUUAUCGUACAUUUACAGCUUUUUUUCUCAUUCAUUUCCUGUAUUUUUCAUAAAUUGACGACUUUUUUCUCGGAAAUUCAUGACUUUUUUUCUGGUUAAUUUACAACUUUUUCUCAUUAAUUUGUUAACUUUUUCUCUUCCUUUUUUUCUCAUAAAUUGACGACUUUAUUCUGAAAAUCUCUGAUGAUCAUGUUUUCCAAAGUAGCGCCUCUGCUGGCUGAAGCCAAGCAGUGCAGCCUGACGGAGCCUCUCGAUGAUGCGUGAGAAGUGCAAACGUUGCAACAUCUGCUCAACCAGCUUCUGCAGUCUGACGGCUGCCAACAUCAUCGCCCCCUCCCCGCGAUGUUGGUGCGGUAAUGCCAAAUCUUGGCCUCCGCGUGGAAAAGCGCUUCAGGGGGUGUAGGGGUGGGGGUUCAGUGGUGCAGCUCAGAACAAUCAAUACCAAAAACCUCCGGCGCGGUUUCAACGUUUCUCUGUGGCAGCUCUACCGUGUUUUUAACGUGGGACACGGGGGUACUCCUAGAAAGCUGCGACCGUGCUAGCUAGCGCUUGUAGAUGAGACGUACAAUCACUGAGGGGCAAGUAGGACUCUGAACGCACCGUACUGCGUGUGUGUGUGUGUGUGUGUGUGCCUGUGCGUGUCCAUGAAGCACACACACAAUCUGUUCAUGUGCAGUUGGGGUGUUUCUUUUUUGGUACGGUCAUGCAUUCAUUGUAACGUUCAUUGUUGUAAAACCCGCCCGCCUCGCUCACGUUUGGGUCAGCUCCCGAUUAGCAUCAGCAUUUCCUAGCAGCUAAAGAGGCCAAACCGGGACGAGACAAAAUAAAGAACGACAGAGGGAAUUAGAGGCGAGGUCUGACGGAUUUAGCGUAACAAAAGAGCAGAUUAGCAUAAACACCGGCAGACAGCGAAGCGAUUAAAUAUCCAAAUGAUUCAAUCAGAAGCUCGUGAUCGUGCCGAUGAAAUAAACGCACAGUAGCGGCAGCAGAUUCCCCAAUGGCAGCAGUCCCGUCAACGGCCUGCUGGUGGCGCUGCGUCCACCGCUGUAAGAUAAUAUCGCUUUUAGCACCGCGCUAGCAGCUUGGAGUAGCUUCAGUGUGGCGGGUCACGUCAGGCUGCUACAGACGAGCGAGCCAAUCAUUGGGCAGGUCCGGCUGAAGCAUCCCCACGUCCACCCUUCACGCGGCAGCUUUUGUAAAUAGCGUGACUCGCUUAGCGAGCUGUGCUUUAGUUCUGGCAAACGUUGCACUACGUAAUCAUACUUAGCGUAAUUGCACUGUCCGUGUGCGCGCACCGCUAGCUAGCUAGCUUAGUCUGUGGGAGCACCAUUGUCCACUUGUUUCACGUCCACUGACAUCGGGUCAAAUGCCUUUUUUUUCUUAAAGGGACUGGGACAUUUUAUGUUUGUACCUCCCCUCGCCCAGCCCCCACCACCCCGAGGACCAACAUGCUCAAAGACAUAGCCGAGGUAUUUGCACUUAACUCAGAAUUCCUUUUAGCGCCGUUCUUUAUAGGAUUCUUUUUGGGGCCAAAUAUGUACAAAAUGUUCCUAAUAAGGCACCGGAGUGGCGCUCACAGACCUUCGCCAAGGCCAAACGGUCCUAAACGCUGGAUGUUAUUCCUGCUACGCCACAACAGCGCCCCCGUAGGAGCAAAGCGGCACUGCAAGCGUCAGCGGCUAACUGCUGUAAAUCGCACAACCGUUCAGUCGUUCUCAUGCUUGACAUUUUUCAUGCACAUCUCGACGGAAAGUAAAGAAGCUUCCAUUUCUUCUGAGGAAAUACGAAUAACGAGGACGCUUCCGCUGGUUGCUCUCUCAUUCAGUUCCACUGUCGGCUCGGUGAACGAAUGAACGAAACAUGAAAUCAUGACAAUAAAAGGAGCGCGACACAAAGAAAAGAUGCUUUUGGAUGCGUCCGAUGAAGCGUCUGUGUCGCCCCCGUGCGUCCACACGUCCGUCACCUUCCUGUGUUUGUCACGUCGUACUUCAACCACUUGUUUUGCUGUACUAAGUGUUGAAAAUAUGAUUUGUAUGAUAUGACGUUAGUACGGUAAUGUUCUUUAUUAAGGAAGAAGAAAAAAAUCUUUAUUUUUGUUACAGGUCUGUUUCAUAAUUCUUUUUCUAAAUUGGUAUUGUAUGAUAUCUAUGCAAGAACUGUUCAGUGGAGCAUUUUUAUUUAAGAAUGUAAUACGUGUAAUAAAUGGUAGAAUGGCAACGUGGGCUCUCUCGUGCUCUUCAUUUCCCCC